CCUCCGGUAUACCUGCGCACAAACACACACGCACGCACACACAUGCAAAAGGGAAUGACAUGAGGAGUGUUGCUAUGAAGAAGGUGGACUUAAAUGAAGGACAGCACAGCAGAGACAAGUGGAGCGGAGGAGGGGGUGUCACACACACUGGGACAAGAACAUGACUUGAAGAUGAGCAGUCCUCCGGCUACUUCAGAAGAGACGGACUGUCCUCCCCCAGAGGAAUUAGAGUGCAAAAUCUGCUACCAGCGUUUCAAUGCCAACAACAGGAAGCCUAAGAUUCUGGACUGCCUACAUCGGGUGUGCUCCCGAUGCCUCGUUAAGAUUCUGGACAUCACAGACGGAGCGGGCUGCGUUCCCUGCCCCUUCUGCCGACACCAAACUGAAAUCACUGAGUACCAGGUCUCCGCCCUGCCUGACGACGUCAACAUCAUGUCCCACCUGACAAUGCGAGAAAAGUCCUGCUGUUUGGACAAGAAGAGAGAGGUGGUCUUGACGCCAAAGAGUUUGUCCUCCACCAGCCCAUCCCAUGACUCCUCAAACUGCCUGGUCAUCACCAUCAUGGAGGUUCAAAGGGACUUGCAGCGCUCCCCGAGCAACAAUGGCAGCUCGGAUAUCUACGCCGACCAGAGCCUGGACUCUGUCUCAAUCGGUUCCAACGGACCCACUGAUCAUGAUGCGCUUUCGAAGCUCUGCAAUCACGUCCCACGUAUUCUGGUGUGGCUACUUGGUUUCUUAUACUUUGGUUCGCUGCCCUUAGGAAUCUAUUUGUUAGUGAUCCAGAGAGUGACUCUAGGAAUCGUAUGUGUUAGCUUAGUGCCAUCGAGUCUGACAGUUUGCCUAGUGUAUGGGUUCUGUCAGUGCCUGUGUCAGGGCAUGUGUGACUGCUUUGCCCGGGGCUGAGAGUAUGGAAACCAGUGGACCGAGGGAUAAGAAUAAAGUAAGCUCCAGAAGUAAGAAAGCCAGGGUGAUAUCAUCCUCUUCAUGGGGCUUAAUAGCACUCCUAGCAGGCAGCUGUCCUCAUGCAUAGAAAGGACCACGCAGAAAGAAACAGAAACCUAUCUUUAGUGAUGUGCUCUGCUUUCUUCACGCCUACUGCUUCGAUAUCAGUUUGGUCAAGAGGAACAGAAUCACUGACAAGCUCAGCCAGCAACUGGAGCCUGCAGUAUACCUACAGUCCUGUAAUGUACGUUUCUGUGUAUGUGCCUGAGUUGUUCUGUAUUGUGAAUAUAAGCUGGUCUUACAGUCUUUUAGAGCAGGCACUCGAUAUUUCACGCAAGCAGAUUUAGGAGAAAAUGACAUAACCAUACAUUGCUAAAGUACUGAUACUGAGUUCGUCUCAUUUUGUCAUGCUUCAACAACAUUCGGUGUUUCACCUUUUAGAAGGAUGAGAACACUUAACUUACAGUCAGAACUGCAAUCAUAGAAUCAAUUUAAGCGUGCUCAUCUGUUAAAAUGAUUGACUCACAGACACACUAUGUCUAAUCUGACUUAGCUUGAGCUGUUUUGCAAAGUAGAAUAUGCACACACAAAAAAAAUCAGGUGCCCUGAUGUGGAAAGCACUUGCAGCUUUAAUUCCAGCAACAAGCUUUGCCAGAGGGGGUGAACAGCAAAUGUUUUGAAAAAGAUUUGGAUAAGCAUGAAUUUUUUCCUUCUGCUGCACAAACAUGGUCAACUUGGUGUUGGUCUAUCUGACAUGACAUGAAUGAAGUACAUUGUAGUUUACUUUUGGAACUUGGCAAAGUGUGGAAAAACUUUAAGAAGUAUGCGUUUACGAGACAAACAUUGAAAUUACAAAACAUAUUUACUUAUUAUGCAGCAAAAUGAGAUAAGAAAGGAAUAUAGGAAAUCAAAUCCUGUGAAAAAGGGGAGUUACAUAUGCGGCACAAUCAAAAAAGUAAAAUUUUCCAAAAUUUACUUGUAUAGAUGAUAUAAAUGAUUGGUUUGUUCCAAACCCUUAUGGUUUUGCUAUAACUGCUCCAACAAUGGGAUUGGCCAAUGUUAGUCAUUUUGUUUAACUGAAGCAGAGACUCCAUCUCUCAUUGUGGUCAUCUCACAAAGAAAACAUCUAUAAUAUCAAUAAACAUCGGUGAUUGCCAUAACAGGAAUUUUAAUAUCGGAUAUUGAUAUUGGCCCAAAUUUUCAUACCUAUGCAUUUCUAGUUCUAAGAUUUGAAUACUGUUAUAAUACUACAUGAGCUACAGAUUUGUUUUAUGUAAAUCAUAUACUUUCCAAUUAGUUCUGACUGGAGUUAAAAUUUGUGUAUUUAGGAUUGAACAAUUUUCCAAAAGUUUUUUUUUUUUUUUUAAUAACUCCAUGUAUUUUUUUUUACGUUGUUGUGUCAAAUUUGCAUGCAAGACAUUGUGAACUGAUGCAAAAAAGACUGAUAUUCCCAGCAGCAACUCAGAGAAAGCUAAAAACUGUUUAACUUUCUAAUAAUUAUUCCGAUAUGUGAGCUGCACUGCUGUUCACAAAGAAGGUGGUUUGAAUUGUAUGGGUUUCAAAGACACACAAAGCGUUUGUGUGUUCAGAGCCAAGUCCAUGCCAAAUAAUUUGACAAACUCCAUCCUUCAGGCUUUCACACAGCCAGAGUCAAUUUAACUUCUUUUGUGUGUGUGUCGAUAACUGAGGGCUUUGGAAUUACUUGUUUUAUGUAUCUAAUGAUAAAAUUCCAGUAAUAAUUUUGAAAUUUAAAACUAUUUGUCAUCAGAGAGCAAAUGCAGCCAUUUAGGAGGUGCUUUCUGAAAGGCUUUCUGUCUAAUAUAAAUUCUAGUAAUUCCUUUAUGUUUCAGUUUGACUGCCACAAAUCAGCUUCAAACUUGAACAUGUUGAUGUUCUCACAGUACACAGUCGGCUGAACUCCAAAGCCUAAAGUUUCUCUUUCUUAUAUGUUCUUCACCUCUUUUAAUCGCACAUUUCUGUCUGUGUCAAUGCCCUCUCCAAAGUUUCCUUUAUUUGUACACUGUUUGCUUACUACCACAUGAUUACAUACAGUUGCCAUAAGAAGAUAAAAUAAAUGGAGAAUUAUUUUCUA